GCGAAGACCGAAGGGCAAAGCCAGCACCCGAAGCGACACCCCAUUCCACAUGGUGCUUCGUCGAUCACGGCACUGCGAGGUUGGCGGGGGGGGGAACGCGAUCGAAGCGAAUGUUGGCCCCGGCAAUACUUCAGCAUGUGAUUCGCAAGUGCUCAGAGAGCAUUGGAAUGCCGAGGAGGUCAUUGCGAGGUUGGCGGGUGGGUGAACGCGGUCGAAGCUAAUGUUGGCCCAGGCGAUCUUGCAACAUGUGAUUCGCAAGUGCUUGGCGAGCAUUGGAAUGUCGAGGAGGUGGUGCGGCGCAGUGCAUGUAUCAUGCUUGUUCUCGCAUCCGCACUGCACGUUCAGCUAUUCGCUCAGGAUCCCUCGCCGCCGUGCGACUGCGCAGCAGACGAGCGCCCUGGCAUCCCCUGUGCAUGUGCCAUCGCUUGCCCAGCUGGCAUCUGGCAGCAGCGCGCGUGGUUCGGAGGCCAGAGAGCACCUUGGCAUCGCUCGGACGUGUGCAUUCUUCCUUCGGCGAGGACCAUCGAGGAGCGUCCUUGAUCAUUUGGCGAAGCAACCACGCACGAAACCUAAAAAAGCACAGGGAAUGGACGACCGAGCGAUGGCCAGGCGCGUCGACGUAAACUUCGGACGUCCGCGGACUGCAGCCGCUCGCCAGCCUCCGCCCGCCCCUGCACCCCUGGGCGGCGGCAGGGGUGCCUCGAGGGGGCUUGCCGCUGGCGGGGACCUGCCGCCCCCUCGCGUCCGAAAGUUACGUGCCGCGUGCUCGUCCAGUCUCCCAGGUGGCAGUGCGCUAUAGCCCAGCAGCGCCUCUGCACGACCGAGCGGAGGGCCGCCAGACCCAGGCAUCCCGACUGAGAGGAUGUAGGCGAGGGCCAGUGCGGCCAGCUGUGCGUUUCGCUCAUUCCCACUGCCUUCCUCGCUGGCCCUCGCGGAGGCCCCAGAAGCUCCCAGAGGUCCAAGAAGAGUUGAGGCCUGAUCUUGUGAAGCUCCACGCUUCUGAUCCUCCUCCCC